AAUCAACCCUGAGCUCCAGCUCUGAUCCAGGAUUAAUAAUCGAUUGUGGAUACAAUAAUUUAUCGUCGCAAGGAUGUCAGACGCUAACAAGCAGAUCACGGCACAGAAAAGUGCUAAAAUUGCAGCUGGAGCUGUUGUGUGCGUUGAGAGUGAAAUAAGAGGAGAUGUGACCAUUGGGGCUAGAACAGUUGUCCACCCCAAAGCACGGAUCAUAGCAGAGGCAGGGCCUAUUAUCAUAGGAGAAGGCAAUCUGAUAGAGGAGCAGGCGCUUAUCAUUAACAGUUAUCCAGAGAACAUCAUGCCAGACACAGAAGGAGUUGAGCCAAAAACGAUGACUAUUGGGACCAACAAUGUGUUUGAAGUUGGAUGUGUCUCUCAGGCUUUGAAAAUUGGAGACAACAAUGUGAUUGAGUCCAAAGCUGAUCUUGGGAGAAACGUGAUCCUGAGCAGCGGAUGCAUCAUCGGCGCGUGCUGCCAGGUCAACACGUGCGAGGUCGUGCCCGAGAACACAGUUGUGUACGGUUCAAACUGCAUCCGCCGUGUGCAGAGCGAAAAGCCACAGCCUCAGACUCUGCAGCUCGACUUCCUCAUGAAGAUUCUGCCCAACUACCAUCACAUGAAGAAGACGGCGAAGGGAAGCGGCACGCCUGUGAGAAACUAACACAGAUCUGGAUCCAGAGGAGUAAAACCUCCUGCAGCCGAAAGCAUCUGCACACACAUCUGAAGCUCGUACAUUUCCCUCAACUUGCACUUGUGGCCACUCUAGUGUAGUUCCCUAAUGCCUAAUAGAUUACCUCUAGCACUGAAAAUGACCAUCAGACACACUACAUUUCAUCCUGCAUAUGAGGCAUGACAUCAUUCCUCAACAUAUGUGACUAUUCCUGGUACUAUUUGCACUUUUGCUUUCAUUUCAACACUAUUUAUGAUAUAUUUUGGCCCUGAAAUGGUAAAUUCCCUGUGCCAUGUUCAUGUUAAUCAAUGAUUUUCAUCUAUAUUUAUAAUAGACUGCACUAUAAAGAGAUAAUAUAAAGACAGAAGAUAAAGAUUCCAAUAAAAAAAUGCUUUUAAGCUU